ACACAAGUUGAAACAAUAAUAAAACCGUAGUUCCAUGCCAAACACUUUAUUCUGCGAUCUACACCCUGUGCGAUCUUCACUCUCUGACACCUCGGCGAAACUUUUGUGGUUGGUUUUUGGCUUAAUUUUGAGAUGGCUUCUUUGCGAAAACUCAUUCGUGAGCCAGCAAAACGUAUGCUGAUAUUCUUCAGCGUUGACCAGACGACGACUGUGCUGGAUACAGCGAAAGUAAAGGAAAUUAUAGAAGGGGACAAAAUUGAAGAGGGAGCAGAAGUGCUUGUAAAAUUUGGAAAAGAUGAUUUCGAAGCAAGGAUAAUUAAGCUUCACGACGAUCCUGGCGUGCUGCUCGAAGCAGAAACGGAGUUUUUGACUCAGAUGUUUGGGGGGGAAAAUGAUGCACACGACGCAGACAAAGAAAACCAAACCCCGACCGCUGAACCAAAUGCGAAGAGGCCUCCAUUGGCAAAUAAGACCAAUUCACCACAGGCAACAAAGAAACGAAAAAAACCCGGAGAUCAAUCGAAGGCCAAAAAAGCGAAGAAGUUAAUCAACAUAGAAGCAGAGUCAUUGCCUGAUGAGCCAUAUGGUAAUGCUGAUGGGGAAGAACCUUGUGGAACAAAAGAACCACUGUCAUUUAUGCAUCCCAUGGAACAAGAAAAGGUGAGAAGAUUGGUGGCUGAAUACCAAAAACUUGAUGAGAAAGAAGUUGGUGUUCAGACAGAUUGUGUUCCAUCAAAUGAAGUUGGUAUACAAAUAAAUUCUAAAGAAGAUCAGCCAAAGAUGAUGAACCAGUGUUCCUGUCAUGAUGUCCUGCUGGAAAAGGUAUCAAUCCUAGAAAGUAAACUAGAUAAGCUUGUUUCAGCAUUAGAAAAUCCAAAGCAAAAAGAGAACAGUUUUGCUCAAGAGCCACUGAGUUUUGAUAGUUUUGAUGAAGAUUCGGAGAUAAUGCGAUCAAUUUCAGAAGCUGCAUCUAUUUGUUCGAACAAUAUACUCGGAAUGAACAUUACAACAACUGAACCAGAAAGUAUUACCUCUCCAUCUGUGUCCACACUUUCACCAAUGAAUUAUGAUGAAUUAUUCAAGAAAAGUUCAUCAGUUUCAAACUAUGCAAAAAAUCUAGUGUUUGAAAUGUUUGAUGAAGAAGAGCUAAAGGUUUCAAACUGUUCUGGUUCUCAUCAGAAAAAAUCAUUAGAGAAAGAUCCUCGCAUGGACUUAAUUAAAGAAGCAACAUUUAAAAAGUUCCCUACGGAAGAUAGAAGAAAAACAUGGGCUGUAUGUAGAAAGGCAAUUGACAGUGCGAUAAGGAAACUAAGAUAUAAACAGUAA